AUGGACGGGUGGAACUCGUCCGCAGUCGUUAACGGUCAUAUUUGGUCGUCCGAGAACCCUCUUCAGCUUUCACAAACUUCUUCCUCUCAGUAUCCCCAACAGCACCAGCCGCUCGAUACUUCUCGUUAUGGACAGAUAACCGAUCCUUCGUACACAUCUCUCACCCCUUGGAACCCCGCCGGCCACUGGCCUCAAGAGGCGCCAUUCUUCCAAUUCCUCGGGUUUUCUACUACGCCCUCCACUUCCGUUACCGACGCAGGAACUCCUCAUAUUCAAGGCGAUUCAUACUUCUCAGCACUCCCUCAAGGCUCUCAAGGAAAUGUCUCGGAUGAGAGUCAAGCCACGCUGUUCGACAUCCAACAACCCACGUCAACUCUCUGGCGUCCCACAUCCAGCCCAGAAGAACUAACGGCUUCAUCAAAAGGCUUUAAUACCCUUCAUCAAUAUCCCGACGGACGGAUCCUUCAACAGAUGCACAUUGAUCACUUAUCUGGGCUUCCAUUCAACCUUCAGACUCCUCCGCCUCAGUCACAGCCAUCCCAACUUCACGAUGGACGUGCUCAAAGGCCGCUCUAUCAAUCAACCCCAGUUCAUGAUCAAGGAUUAACUUUAACAGUAGAUUCACGAUCAAAUAUUCAACAGGACCUUCAAGGAUUCGAUGCCCCGGUCAUCCACGAUCACGCUUUAAACCCUGUCGCAAAGGCGUUAUCCAGGACAGGGACUCCCUGGACCCACGAACAAUCCCCAACACCGGUACCCGAGUCUUCCGCGCAUGUAGGUUACCUCCAACCUGUGGUGCCUCAGACACACCCUGUCGCGAAAACGUCAUUUGAUGUUUCAUUGACACAAAGAAGCCGAGCCCCUGCGCCGAUGCAGCUACCUUACCCUUCAGUGUCGCCAGCGGACAUGCCACUUCCACUUCCACAGUUGAAGUCUACAAACUCUGAUAGUUCACAAUCGAGACCUCUGCCGGAAAUAAGCACAUCCUCAUACCACCCCGAGCCUUCCACGGGUGUCUCACUGUCGUCGAACAUGGCAAACCGUCCACUGCCUUCAUCCAUGUUCGGUAGCUUCAACAGUCACGAUACCUCCGAAGCCACCUUGGUUCACAGCUAUACCUUUCCCGACAGCAAACCAGCUCCUGAAAAAGAAUCCAAGGCGAAACAAGUCAAACAAAACGGUAUCAGAAAGGCAGUUGCUAGUAUCAAGACCCAGUCUCGCCCUUCCACUUCGACGCGGAAAGCUGUCGACAAGGCUCAGUCACCGGCCAUACAAUUGACUACUGGUAGCCGUAAAAGAGUUCGACAGGAAAAAGGGGAUAACGAUAAUGUCGGAUCGAACUUGGCUUCCGGGUCGAACUUAGUUCAACGCCAGAAGCGCCCUCGCUACGUGCUUCAAGCGCCGAAAGUUCAGAAGGACCUUAAUGGUCACGACUUGGCACUAAAUUCAGCCGUUGUAGAACUUUUCCGUGAUAUUGCGCGCACUUACAUGCCGUUGAACAGAGUGCUGGGUUGCUUGAUGGCCUGUGGUCUAUGUGGCGAUAAAUGUAGCCAACCCAAGAUAACAGCGGUACGAAAUGUACCGUACUGCCUCGACCAUCUAGUCUCAACGGUUCAUUCAAUGAGACAGGCUACUACUAUACCCUCGCGUUUGCGCGCCUUGGUUACGGAAGGACGUUAUCAACAUCGUUACCCCAUGCAAAUGCUUGAAAAACAGCUUUUUACGGCUAAUGGAACUUUGUAUCUUGUGGGGUUUCUUGGCUUCUUCACCAUCCACUCUCGAGUAGUCAAGGCCACUCAAGAAAAGUUCUAUUUUGUCGAAGUACCAAUGUAUAUCUCUUGGUAUCUCGAUCUGGCAGCAGCCCAAGGCCCGGACCCACCACUCCCGGACGAGGAGUGGGGACCUCGUGAGGAGAUUUGCAGUUGGGAUUUGACAAACCCAAGUCCUGCAUCUGUGCUAGCUCAACUGCACUCCUUUUCUGGUGUAGAUCAGGUAGAAACGACGUCCGCCUCCAAUUCUAUUUUGAAUAUUUCUAUUACUCCCUCGAGGGUAGGAAGUGGCACAGCGUCUGGAGUCGUUGCCUCAGGGCAUACACCCGUGGCAGUUGCCAAUAAUGAGCUUCAGACCUCCAGGUCGUCAGGUGCUCCACAAGCAGCCAAAGAGGUCGAGCAAGGUGUUUGGGACCAACCGGGACCUGCUGUUGCGACCGCCACCGCCGGAGGAAUAAGGACGGUUAAGAACCCUUCGAACUUGGCAGUGGAAGCAGUAGAGCCCGACAACACCGUUAAUGCUACAGCAGAAGUCGGGGAAUUAUCCCCACUUUCACCCAUCCUUCCGCCUUUGCAAGAUGCCUCUGAUGUUCUGGUAGAGGCGGACCAAAUACUAAAUGAAGAGGUCUUCCGCUCGGAGCCGCUCGAGGAACUUCUACGACUUGAGGUCCUGCCCUUUUUGGUCGAUACUCUGUCUGCCGACACCUAA